UAUUUAGGUGUCAAAUUAUGUGAUAUGCCAGAGUUUCAGAAUCCUGAGACCACACGAUCCUGUCCACAUGGUAAGCCAAACGAGGUUUUACCUCAUUUAGUCUAGAAACAAUGUCAAGUACCUUCUCUGUACUUAACACGUUAUCUUCAAGACCGGAUACCAAGAUCAUCUUAAAACUUGCAACAAGAGAGCCAUUAUUUAGUUGCAGUUGGUGAUGGAUGACUCCAGGAACCUCGAGCAUAUCAUCCCGGAAUCCCAGGCAAACAAGAUUCAGGCAACACUAACAAACGAGUUGGAUCCAGACAUACCUUUCCAGCUGCUGCGUUGUCACCCAAACAGUUUUCAACACUUUUCAAUCGUUAGGAAACGGAAGAGGGAUGGAGCAGCAGCGGGAGGUCAAUUCUUUCUCUUUCGCUAGUUUUAUCAGAUUAGUUUCACUUGGAUAAAACAUCUGCAGAAGUCACCAAUUUGAAUAAGUGUUCCUACACUUGCUGGUUAAGUAUAGACCAGUUGUAGGUCCACAAUUACGCAGUCAUACCUAUUUGGUUGGCUGAUUCAACUGGCCUCAUUUUGCCAAGUAUUAAGAAAAACUGUUUGCGACCUCGUCAUUUUCAAAGUUUUGUCAGUGCCUUUAAAAUACUCUACAAAGGUCAACAAUCAAUAUACAUUUUAAGGUAGAAUUUCAGGACGACGGUAAUUUCAUAUUAGGGUCGAAUAAAUCUUUGAGUUUCGGACAGUUUUUAGUUAGAAUUAUAUUUUUAUUUAGCACUAUAUAAAUAGAUAAAGGUUACAUUUAGUUCGGGUGUGAAUCAUGUUCUUUGGUGUUUCCUUUAGUUGAAUACAUCGCUUUGCUUUUAUCAGCUUAGAUUCUUUUAAAAUCAAAAAGAUUGAACGGAAAAUUUAUGAAGGAGUACAUUUCUAUCUCAAAACAUUUCAACAUGAUUGAUUACAGUUAAUUCUCUGCUCUGCUAAAUACGAACCCUCAGGUUAAUAGCUAGCUACCACUAUGUCACAUGCUGUUGUCGACCCGGAUCGUGAGGUAUUGAUUCCAUGUCCAUACGAUCCUGUCCACAUGAUAAGCCAGAUGAGGUUUCCUUAUCACCUCAUCAAAUGCAGAAAGAACCACAAUGGCAAGGAGUAUUCACAAUGCCCCUACGAUGCUAAACACGUCAUCUUAAAGAGCAGGUUCCAAGAUCAUCUUAAAACUUGCAACAAGAGAGCUAUUAUUGAGCCUCAGUUGGUGAUGGAUGACUCCAGGAACCUCGAGCUUCUCAUCCCAGAAUCGCAGGCAAACAAGAUUCAGGCAACGCUAUCAAAUGAGUGGGAUCUAGAGAUGCCUUCUGCAGCGGCUACCAACCGCGUUGUCACCCAAACAGUCUACAACACUUUUCAAUCGUUAGGAAACGGAAGAGGGAUGGAGCAGCAACAGGAGGUCAAUUCUUUCUCAUCCGGUCGUACGACAGGUUACGCGACAGAGAACGGUUAUGGCAAACAAAAAGAGACUACUCGACGGAAUGGUAAUAAUCAUGGUGGUUUAUCUUAUGAUAAACAAUAUGGAAAUGCUGAACUCAGUAGUUCUACUUACGACUACUAUCAGGAUAAACCAGAUUAUUCUGAAGGAGUAGUUCCUAGAAAACCCAAUUCCAGCGGAAAGUCAAAGAGCAAAGGAAAUGGGAGCCCAGAGACUCACAACCCCGCCCCCUUUGGGGCCUCUGCGGGAGGCUAUGAUACUAGUACAGCCUCUGCUGAACCACCACGAAAACCAUACUCAAGCUCCGCGAAGUCUUUAUCAAUCAACUCACCCGAUCCACAAAAGCCGGCCAAGUCGUUUGGUCGCGGUCGUGGAGCCAGCAGAAGAGAGAAGGAUGAGGUUUAUGUCGUUAACAGGGACAUGGGUCCAGGGAGUUACGUAAUUCAAUCUCUGCCAGAACAGAUUGACAGUUACAAUCCUCCUUCUGUAACCUCGUAUGGUAGAGGAAGAGGAAGUGCAAACUUCAACGAUCAACCAACUUUAAGACGACCUGGAAUGAGUGAGAAGGGGACGAUGGAGAUGCUUGAGAAAGAGAGGCAAAAGCUACUCAAAAAGAUUAGAGACACUAAGCUAUUGGAGGAGAGACUUGCCGGUGGUGAAGUCCUGGAGGAUAAUCAGGUAUCCAAGGUUGCUAAACUGGCGUCAAUGCAGAAUGAGCUUAACAAAAUCUGCAAACAGCUAGAGAAUAAAUCUCUGAGGGGUUAACAUAUCUUUGAGCCAUGCCAGCAAUGUUAUCGUAGUCUUACAGUUACAUGUGCUGAAUUUCAGUUUUGAGCUGUUUCCGCUCUUUUGUUGACUAAUUCAGGAUCUGGUCAGGAUCGAUUCCUGGUCAGGAUCGAUUCUUCUGAUUUCUUGAUAAACCCUGCAUAAUAUUUUCAAUUUGUGUAUGAUCAACUUAUUUUAAAAACCAUAAUUUAUUGUUUUAAAGUUACACACAUAGUUGUUAAAGAUAAACUAAAUUUUA